AUGCGUCGGCCAGAGCCUGGAUGGGAAUGGAUUCUCCUUUGGGGGUCUCCAUCAGUUCAUUUCCUCCUCAUCUCCUCUCGGCCCCUCUCUGCUAGUGUCUGUCGCAUUGUGACAGGCGUGCAGGCUAUUCCUCCGAAAGUCAAGAUGUGCGGCUCCAUGUGCCUUUUUGGGGAGGAGAAGACAUGGAGAAUCGGAUCAAGCCCUGGAUACCCGUUUUGUCGACCGGGUGCCUGCGGGAGGGAAAAAGGAGAAGACGGCGUCAAGAAUGAGGAGAGAGAGUAUAGCGACAAGCCAAUGACCAUAGGUUCGGCCGUCAUUGGUGCGUGUGUCCUUGUCCUGUCUCGGCAAGGUUUCCGGGGCUUCUGUGAGGGGUCUGUCCCCAAAAGUCAUUUCGAGCCUGGGUAG